UACAAGAAACCAAACCAAACCAAAAAAAAUUAACAAAAUGAAAGCCUUUGUUGUGGCCGGUAUCUGCUUGUUCAGUGUAUUGAGUGUCGGUUUGGCACAAUUCUCGAACGGACGCGUUUUGGAUCCACCCAAUCCACAAUUGUGCGCCCAACGUGUUAUUCAUGAAAAGACACCCGAUGGCAAAGGUUAUUUCUUCUCGUGGCGUGACCCUGCAUUGAAGGGUGUUGAAGAAGAUUGGUUGAGUGCCAGAAACUACUGCCGCAGACGUUGCAUGGACUCCGUUUCCUUGGAAACUAGCUUGGAAAACGAAUGGAUCAAGCAACGUGUUGUCAAUGAAAAUGUAAAAUACAUCUGGACCUCUGGCCGUCUCUGUGACUUCAAGGGCUGUGAACGUCCCGAUUUGCAACCCACCAACAUCAACGGCUGGUUCUGGACUGCUACUUUGCAAAAAUUGGCUCCCACCAACGAACGCAGCCAAGGUGAUUGGUCUCCCAGCGGUGGUAUUGGCCUUCCCCAACCCGAUAACCGUGAAUACAAACAAAACGGUGCUCCCGAAAACUGUUUGGCUCUCUUGAAUCAAUUCUACAAUGAUGGUGUUAACUGGCACGAUGUUGCUUGCCACCACAAGAAACCAUUCGUGUGUGAAGAAAACGAUGCCUUGUUGAAAUAUGUCCGUUAUACCAACCCACAAUUGCGCAUUUAAGGAGUGUAGGAGGAGAUG